CAGAAGCGGGUGAAGUGGGAUAGAUCGAGACACCGGGACUAACAGAGGAUUCGACACCUAUUUGGAUUCAUCCAGGUGCUAAGCGACGUAAUCUUGGGACAGUAAAGAGCACCGGGGGGAAAAAAUGCUUAUCAAAGAAUUUCGAGUGAUCCUACCGAUUUCUGUGGAGGAGUAUCAGGUAGGGCAGCUGUACUCAGUAGCAGAGGCAAGUAAAAAUGAGACGGGUGGCGGAGAAGGGGUGGAGGUGUUGAAAAAUGAACCCUACGAGAAGGAUGGAGAGAAGGGACAGUACACACACAAAAUCUACCACUUGCAGAGUAAAGUCCCCUCGUUUGUGCGAAUGCUUGCACCAUCGUCAGCACUGAACAUUCACGAGAAAGCUUGGAAUGCCUAUCCAUACUGCCGCACAGUAAUCACUAAUGAAUAUAUGAAAGAAAAUUUCCUCAUCAAGAUUGAGACGUGGCACAAGCCUGACAUGGGGCAGCAGGAUAAUGUUCACGGUCUAGAUCCAGACACGUGGAAAAAGGUGGAUGUGGUGUACAUAGACAUUGCAGACCGGAGUCAGGUUGAGCCAAAGGACUAUAAACCAGAAGAAGACCCCACAAAGUUUAAGUCUGUAAAGACUGGCAGAGGGCCACUCGGUCCUGAUUGGAAGAAAGAACUACCUAAAAAGAGAGACUGCCCACACAUGUGUGCCUACAAACUUGUUACUGUCAAGUUCAAGUGGUGGGGCCUGCAAAACAAAGUGGAGAACUUCAUUCAGAAGCAAGAGAAGCGUUUGUUCACUAAUUUCCACCGGCAGCUUUUCUGCUGGAUUGAUAAAUGGAUCGAGUUGAACAUGGAUGAUAUCCGCAGAAUGGAGGAAGAGACCAGGAGGGAACUGGAUGAGAUGAGAGUGAAAGAUCCAGUAAAAGGCAUGGUGGCUCUUGAAGACUGAGGCUGCUGUUCCUGGAUGCUGCCGUUCAGAAUGACCAGACCUGAACUACUGGGGACCAGCAGCAUGACUACCCUCAAUCAAAGCAAACCUACAUGUCUUUUUAAACAUAAUCAACGUUCAUCAUCCAGCCCUUUGUGUGGCCUCUCCAUCCUGAGCAUUCUUUGUAUCCUCCUUUUACUCUGACAAUGGAGCACAUUGACUAAAUAAAAUAUGAUUUAAGAGUUACGGCCAGUUUAUGAAGUCUACUUACAACAACACAGGGACGAUUGGCUGUAGCAACUUAAAAGGUCAUUUAUGAUGUCAGAUUACUAUCUUCAAGCCUGUGUUUUAAGAUGAGUUCAAUGUUAAUCAGAUGCUAUUUGUGUGUGUAUAUAUGUUCAGAAUAUCGAUUGGCAGUUAAGUUCUUGUAACAGGUUUACAAACAUGGUUUUUAAAGGGAUAGUUCACCCAAACAUUAAAAUUAUCUCAUCGUUUACUCACCAUCAUGACAUCCCAAACAUGUAUUACUUUCUUUCUUCUGCUGAAAACCAACGAAGAUUUUUUUUUUUAAAUAUCUCAGCUCGGUAGGUUUAUACAAUGCAAGUGAAUGGUGGCCAGAAAUUUUGAAGCUCCAAAAAUCACCUAAAGGCAGAAUAAAGUAAUCCAUUUGACUCCAGUGGUUUAAUUCAUAUCUUCAGAAGUGGUAUGAUAGGUGUAGGUGAGAAACAGAUCAAAAUUGAAGUCCUUCUUUUUACAAUAAAUCUCCACUUUCACAUUGUCCUUCUUUUGUUUUUGGUGAUUCGCAUUUCUCAUGCAUAUCAUCACCUACUGGGCAUGGAGGAGAAUUGAUAGUAAAACAUUUAUUUAAAUAUUGAUCUGUGUCUCACCUACACCUAUCAUAUUAAUUCUGAAGAUAUGCAUUUAAAGGUGCUAAAGCGAUUUUAGCGUUCUGAAACUUUCACGUGACCGAGCCAUUGAAUUAGCCACGCCGCCUCACUUCAAAAUCCCACCCUCCAAAGAUAAUUUUGAAAUAAAAACUGAGCAAAACAGCUGCAUUGUUUGUUUCUGUGGCUGUCAAAUUCAACAGUGCCACAACAGCGCCCUCAACUGACAAACAUUAUGAAUCAUAGCAUCAAUUAUCUGCUUCAAAUGAGAACAUACAAAAUGAUUGGCAGAUGAAAAGCAUCAAUGUCUGCGGACACAUUUUUGUUUGCCUGAGAUAUCUGAGAUAUCUCAGGACACUUAUUUCAUUAAUAUCUUUAAGAGAGUUUUCAUGAAAAUAAUAGCUUACAGCACCUUUAACCACUGAAGUUGUGUUGCUACUUUUAUGCUGCCUUUAUGUGCUUUUUGAUCUUCAAAGUUCUGGCCACCAUUCACAAAAUCUUUUUAAAAAUCUUUGUUGGUGUUCAGUAGAAUAAAGAAAGUAAUACACAUUUGGAAUGUCAUAAGGGUAAACGAUGAUUUUUAUUUUUGUGUGAACUGUACCUUUAAGUGAAAGUUAUUCAAUGUAUUUUUGCAGACCAAGAUGUUUCUCCAUAUGUGUUUUGUUUUAAUCUUGUAGUGAUUUGUUUUUGUUGCUAUAUGAUUAAUUUGACCCUCUUUUAACCUAUAUUUACCCAAAGGUACCCCUUUAAGUGUGUCUAUAAAUCUUUAUAUUAUAGUACUGUACAAUUCUAUCUCUUCAUCCUGACCCGAGACUUACUGUAACAUGCAUUUUGAUCACGUUAAAUCAAGUUAAAGUAUGCAUCAGCAGUUCAUAUUUGAAAACAGAACAGUUAAUUGUGCCCAGCUCAAAUCUGCUACAUUCUACAGUAUCAUACACAUGUCUUUGAAAUAAGCUGAAGUUGAAAUCAUUAAUUGCUUGUUUGUUAAUUGAUCAGGUAUUUAUGCACCAAUAUUAAAGGGGUAAUUCAUCCAAAAAUGAAAAUUCUGUCAUAAUUUACUCACUCUCGUGUUAUUCCAAACUUAUAUGGCUUUCGUUAUUUAUUUCAUGGAACACAAAAGACGAUGCUAUGCACAAUGUUAUCCUCAGUCACCAUUUACUUUCAAAUGUAGGAAAAAAGAUACAGUGAUAUUGAAUAGUGACCGAGGCUGAUUAAAGCUUAAAGGGGUCAUGACAUGGUUUUUUUUAUUGUAUUAUUAUGUUCCCUUAGGUGCAAUUAUAGUAUUAAUAUAUUUUUUUUUAAGAAAAACUUUUAAAAUCUAGUGAUUUAUGACCUUUUCCCACCCUGUUUCUCAUCCUCUGAUUCAAACAGUCUGUUUUGGGGCGUUUUCCAUUUAAGACUUCAGUGUUAACGCUCACUGUUAUGAUUGGCUAACGUCAGUGCCUAUGUAUCAAUUAUUGACG